UAUUUUUUUGACACAUAAUAAUAGUUUCAAAUCAUGCCCAUUUAAGAAAUUUGCGUCAAACACUAUGACUAGCAUUAUCUUGUUUUUGGAAAAUAUCAUUCAGUCAGAAUCAAAACUCUGGUGUGAUCAGAAGUGUUUCCUAUCCUACAAAGAAUUAUUAUCAUAUAUAAUUUGGUGGACUCUGAAGAAACGGUGUCAUGGCUUACAAAUUUUGCGACUGCUCGUUCCCUAGCUCUAUAGAAAUAGCCCGCUGCAAAGGCCAUAUACCUGAUUUGUUAAAGUGUCGUUGCGGCGAGUACGUCGGUGAAUAUCCCUGGCAAUGGGACGACUCUGAAAACUUGGAUGUAAUGGUCCUUGGUAAAGACAUAGUUUUCCACCAUUCCCGAAGUCGGGGAACCGCGAUUGUGAAGGGAAAGCAGAGUCUGCAACCAGGCAUGAUACAUUAUUGGGAAAUGCUCGCAGUCUCUCCUCUAUUCGGUACUGAUGUGAUGUUUGGUAUAGGUACUCAAAACCUAGACCUCGGACAGUAUGACUUCAGAUAUGUCUCAGGGUUGGGUCUUGAUGCUCAUUCCUGGGGUCUCUCAUACUUCGGGCGGCUCCAACAUGGCGGCAAACGGGUGUCCUACUGCCACAGUUUUUCCCAGGGCACUCUGAUUGGUGUCUACUUGGAUCGUUCACGCGGCCACAUAGAGUUUUAUUUGAACCGAACGAGUUUAGGUGUGGCAUUUACCAAUGUACCCGUGGAUCCUGAUGUAAAGAUAUAUCCAAUGGUCUGCUCUACGGCCGGACAGUCUGUGAUAAGGUUGAUCAACUGUACGUCAGUAUUGGAUACGAUGCAGCUACGAUCCUUUCAAUCACUGUCGAAUAAGCAUCCGGCUAAGCUCUCUGCACUUCGCCAAAUUCCGGGACUUCGCCAAAUAUUUAAGUCGUAUUGGUUCUUGGAUUUCCCAUUUUUUUACUCAAAACCAGAGACUUUUUACAGCCUAUCUCAAAUUGUGUCCGAUUAAUUUUAUGUUAAGUAUGAAUUUAUUUUAAAGCACGAAAAUAUACAAUCAAUAGAAUUGGGAGAAAUAAAUCUUGUGUGCGUGCAUAAUUGAACCUACAA